CAAAAACCCAACGCGGUAAAGAAGGAAAACAAAACAGAGCAAAAAGACGCAAGCAAGUUCAAUUCCUGAAGCAAUCUAAACCCACCACCGCGAUUACAAUAACCACUAAUCGCUUCUCUAAUAUCAAAUUGUCACUCUUGGCUUCUACUAUGCCCCGAACAUUAGGUGUCUUCGACUGAAACAGUGAAUACAUACACUCGCGCGAGUGAAAGGAUAUCUGCAGUAUGGCAUUCUCGUUAUUAGAUUGAAAAACAGAGUUGUUUUUCUGACAGCCCAUUACUGGUCGCUUUAUUACAAGACUCAAAACCAGAGAUAAGAACAGAUGCAUGCUAAACUUUCGGACGGUUAAGAUUCUCUUAAUUUUCUCAUCAAAAUAAUACUAACCGCUCGAUCAUAAACAAAUUUAGCUAUGGCUCAGCAAAACCAACCAUGGUUACUUCAGUUUAGCUCUCUCUCUCUCUCUCAACUUCGACUUCUAAACCGAGUUGAAUACUUUCCAACUGGUUUUGUGAAAAAAAAAAAAAGAGGGAGAGUUUCUAAUUUUCUGGUUUUUUCUUUUCCUUUUAUUUUUCUCUCUCUUUUUUGUUUGUUGUUAUUAGAUUUCGAUUCAGAUAACAGUUUUCCACUUGUACUAGUUAAAAUUUUUCAGAUUUAUGAAAAUUUCGAUGGAUUUUUUCUUUCGUGGGUUUUCUUUUGUUUUUAAACUGUAAUGCAAUUAUAGUUCUUUGAUUUUUGAAGAUAAUCGUUCAGAAGUACCCAUUUUUUCCCUUCAUUUUCAAUCCAAAAAGAUCUCUUUUUUUUUUUUUUUUUUACUCGAGAGAAUUCGAAAUCAUUUUCACUCUCUUUCACUAGGGUUCUUAAAAGAGUUUUGAUAGUUUUUAAAGAAAAAGCUUCCUCUUUUUCUUUUUCCACUAUGGGUCUUAGUUAAAAUCUUCAGAUCUGGUCUCAUUCUUGUAGAUUUCAUCAAGAUCUCUGCCUUUUCAGGUAGGAAAGUCUUCAUUUUUUUUCUUUUCUUUUCCCUGGUUUUCUCGGUAAAAAGAAAAACACUGUGUAUGUUCUGGGGAAGUAGAAAAAAUAAAGAUGAAUUAUUUCCCAGAUGAAGUUUUAGAACCCGUUUUUGAUUUCAUUACAUCUCAUAAAGACCGGAACUCAGUGUCUUUAGUUUGCAAAUCAUGGUUCAAAAUCGAAAGAUACAGCAGGCAAAGGGUUUUCAUUGGAAACUGUUAUUCAACCUGUCCAGAGAGGUUAAUCGCCAGAUUUCCAGGUUUGAAGUCACUGACUUUGAAAGGGAAGCCGCAUUUUGCUGACUUUAAUUUGGUGCCACAUGAUUGGGGUGGUUUCCUUUAUCCUUGGAUCGAAGCCUUGGCAAAGAGUAGAAUCGGAUUGGAAGAGCUUAGACUUAAGAGGAUGGUGGUGUCAGAUGAGAGCCUUGAGCUGCUUUCAAAAUCCUUUGUCAAUUUUAAGUCUUUGGUUCUUGUUAGCUGUGAAGGGUUCACUACUGAUGGUCUUGCUGCUAUUGCUGCCAACUGCAGGUUUCUUAGGGAGCUGGAUUUGCAAGAAAAUGAAGUUGAUGAUCAUAGAGGCCAUUGGCUUAGUUGCUUUCCUGAAAGUUGUACAUCUCUUGUCUCCCUGAAUUUUGCAUGCCUCAAAGGAGAAAUAAAUUUAGGAGCUCUUGAAAGACUUGUGGCAAGAUCUCCCAACCUCAAGAGUUUGAGGCUAAACCGUGCGGUGCCUUUUGAUACCCUUGAAAAACUAUUGAUGCAAGCACCUCAGCUGUUGGACUUGGGUACUGGGUCUUAUGUACCUGAUCCAUCUUCUGAGGCCUAUAACAGAUUGAAAUCUGCCAUUCAAAGGUGCAAAUCAAUCAGGAGUUUAUCAGGGUUUUUGGAGGUUAAUCCCCGAUGCAUGUCAGCUAUUUAUCCAAUUUGUGCAAACCUGACCUUCUUGAACUUGAGCUAUGCGCCAGGCCUUAGUGGUAAUGAGCUCACAAAGCUGAUUCAGCACUGCAGGAAACUUCAGCGUCUAUGGAUACUGGAUUAUAUUGGAGACAAAGGACUAGGAGUUGUAGCUUCAACAUGUAAAGAAUUGCAGGAAUUGAGGGUUUUUCCGACUGAUCCCCUUGGGGCUGGAAAUGCUGCUGUUACAGAGGAAGGUUUGGUCCUUAUAUCCGCAGGCUGUCCUAAGCUCAAUUCAUUGCUGUAUUUCUGUCAGCAGAUGACCAAUGCUGCCCUCAUAACUGUAGCCAAGAACUGUCCGAAUUUUAUCUGCUUCAGAUUGUGCAUCCUUGACCCCAUAAAACCUGACCCUGUAACAAAUCGGCCAUUGGAUGAAGGAUUUGGGGCAAUUGUUGAGUCUUGUGAGGGUCUUAAGCGGUUAUCACUCUCUGGCCUUCUUUCUGAUCAGGUUUUUCUUUACAUAGGAAUGUAUGCUAAGCAGCUUGAAAUGCUGUCCAUUGCUUUUGCUGGUGACAGUGACGAAGGAAUGCUCUAUGUGUUGAAUGGUUGCAAGAAACUUCGCAAGCUAGAGAUCAGGGACAGCCCCUUUGGUAACGCAGCACUUCUAGAGGACGUGGGAAAGUAUGAAACAAUGCGAUCCCUUUGGAUGUCCUCCUGCGAAGUUACCCUUGGAGGAUGCAAGACACUUGCAGAGAAGAUGCCAAGCCUGAGUGUGGAGAUCAUAAAUGAAAGUCAACAGAUGGAAUUUAGCCUCGAUGAUAGGACGGUAGACAAGAUGUAUCUAUAUCGAACAUUGGUUGGGCACAGGAAAGAUGCACCAGAAUUUGUGUGGAUUUUGUAGGUGCAUUGUUUUAUCUAUGCCAUAUCUUUGCUACUUAUUUAAGUAGUUGUUAGGCCAACUGAUUUUAAUGGAUUCUUAGCUUUUUGGUGAUUUUGCUGUAUGCUACUGUUGUUUAAUUACUAGAUUUGCUAUUUGUAAUCCUCGAUCUGUUCUGGUACCUGCCAGAACCAACCACUGAAAUUUGCCAUCAUUUCCAGCAAUGAACUUGGGUUUCAUUUGGAUCACGCCGCGUAAGACUAUUGGUGGGUUGACUAGAGAAAAUUUUUCUAGAAACAGUUCGAACUUUUGAAGAGCUGUUGGAAGAAGAAGCUCUGCAAAGCUGGGGCCGUCCAGGAGAGGUCGGUUCAUCAGGAACUAAGCCUCUCAUGAUUAGCGUAUGUUGGUUUUAUGAAAUUGUAGAACAUUAGUGGGGAUGACUUCAGGAUCUGCGGAUGGAGGCAAUGUGGUUAUUGACUCCAAUCAUUUCAAAUAGUAGUAAGGUCUUUGAAUCCUGAGCGCAAUCAUCCUUUCAAGUUGGAAAUAACAAAAUGGAUGAGUCGUUAAGAUAUUUGCAAACAAUCUUAACUAGGUUUUCCUGGCGGUUAUCAUUUUGCAUAUUCCCUUGAGCUUUAAGUCAUGGGAGCAGAAGAAUCCAAAAUUUUCUUUUGCAAAACUCGGCGACUGCUGUAGAUGUUGACAUCGAUUGUUCGAGGAGCCUCGAGGUAAAUCAUGGUCAAACUUCAGAAUACACUAUUCUUCUGGAAGUUCCUAUGUUAAUGUUUACAAAACUUAAUGCUGAAGUUUAACAGGAUCUUCUUUAGCUGUGCCUUGUAGCAUAGGAAAACUAAACAAAGAAGGGCAGGGUUAAGAUACUGGAUACAUGGUUUUGAAAAGCAGGCGGUCAACAUUUUAAACCUCAUGAUUGCUUAUAAGAGCAGGAGUUUAAUUCUAAUGUCUUCAUCAAUGGCCAUUCUCA